AUGGAUAGAACAGGUCGGGGAGAGACAGAAAAUGGUGAAACCUUCCUUGACCUGAAGAAGCUACCAGCAUCAAAAUCCCCACAUCGUUACACAAAAGAGGAACUUUUGGACAUUAAAGAGCACCCUCACUCUAAACAGCGGCCUUCAUGCCUUUCUGAAAAGUAUGACAGCGAUGGCGUCUGGGAUCCUGAAAAGUGGCACGCAUCCCUUUACCCAACCUCAGGGCGAAACUCUCCGGUAGAAAACUUCAAGAAAGAGCUGGACUUGGAGCGGCCCCUGAUGCGGAAGGCAGCAGAUCCCAGAGAGCGGAUAAAAGAAGAUGAUUUAGAUGUUGUUCUAAGUCCCCAGAGACGCAGUUUUGGAGGGGGCUGUCAUGUUACGACCUCGGUCAGCUCCCGGAGAUCAGGGAGCCCCUUGGAGAAGGACAGCGAUGGCGUCCGCAUGGUCGGAAGCCAUAGGAUUGGCAAUGGAAGGAUCAUCUCUUAUAAGGACCACCGUAGUGGGGAUAAAGACUUGAGGGACUGCCGAGACUCAAGAAACCGGGAGAGAGACUACAAGGAUAAGCGUUUCAGGAGAGAAUUUGGAGACAGCAAGCGUGUCUUUGGAGAACGCAGAAGAAAUGAUUCCUAUACAGAAGAGGAGCCCGAAUGGUUUUCUGCCGGACCCACGAGUCAGUCUGAAACCAUCGAGCUCACGGGCUUUGACGACAAGAUUCUGGAAGAAGAUCACAAAGGGCGAAAAAGAACAAGACCACGCGUCCCAUCUGUGAAGGAGAUGAUAGAAGAUGUUCUAGGAGAAGGUUCCGUCUCUGCCAGCAGAUUUAGCAGGUGGUUUUCAAAUCCCAGUCAAUCGGGAAGUCGCUCCAGUAGCUUCGGAUCGAAGCCCCAUGAAGAAUUGGAGAAAGUUGCAGGUUUAGAACAAGCAAUUCUCUCUCCGGGCCAGAACUCAGGAAAUUACUUCGCUCCUAUACCAUUGGAAGACCAUGCUGAGAACAAAGUAGACAUUCUAGAAAUGCUCCAGAAGGCCAAAGUGGACCUAAAGCCCAGUCACUGGCCAAAGAUUAAGGCAGACACCUAUAUGUCUCUUCUAUAUGUCUCUGGCUUAAGAGCAUCUGAAAUUGCUCUUGAUGGUAUUAUCACCCCCAACAAGAACUAG